AGCUGGUAAACGCGCUAGCGCUGCUAGCACCGCGACUAGGAAUAUCUACUGACGAUAGCUAAGCUAACAUUAUAAACUUGACAAAAUAGGCUGCCUGUUAUAUUACCUUUAACUGUACUAUCAUUAGCUAAUCGGGGUAAUAAUAACGCUAGCUGUUACUUUACCCGUCAGACGACAAUACUGCUGUCGUCAACGUUAUGACUAAUUUAUUUUUAGGGAUCAGGUUGUAUUCUUAGCAUUAGCCUCUGAGCAAAGGUCUGACUGGCGGACAUGGAGACUCGGGGGAUUGAAGACAUGUUUGACUUUCGUCGGUUUCCUAAAGAUGCCGUUGUCCUCCUGUUGUUAUUGGUUUACUCUCCAGUUGGCAUUUGUUUGAUGUUUCUUCGGAUUUUUAUUGGUGUUCACGUGUUCUUGGUCAGCUGUGCACUUCCAGAAAGUUUUGUUAGAAGAUUUAUUGUGAGGAUUAUGUGUUCAGUCCUGGGGAUGCAUGUGAGGCAGAACAACCCUCGCUCCAGAGACAAAAAGACCAAGCUGUACAUGUGUAAUCAUGUGACAGAGUUCGACCAUAACAUAAUCAACCUUCUGACCCCAUGCAAUACUCCCCAAUUAGAGGGCUCCACAGGUUUCGUGUGUUGGGCCAGAGGCUUCAUGGAAAUCCAUUCAGCAACCAGCCAGGAAGCAAUAAGAGAGUCCCUUCAGAGGUACUGCUCCACUGAAGGCACCCCACCUCUGCUCCUGUUUCCUGAAGAGGACACCACAAAUGGCCGCGCUGGCUUGCUAAAGUUCAGUUCAUGGCCUUUCUCACUGACUGACUCCAUUCAGCCUGUGGCCUUGCGGGUGACCAGACCAUUGAUAGCUUUGAACACACCAGAAUCAAGUUGGCUGAUGGAGCUCUUGUGGACAUUUUUUGCUCCAUGUACAGUGUAUCAUGUAAGUUGGCUCCCACCAGUAUCUAGACAAGAUGGCGAGACUAUACAGGAGUUUGCCAACAAAGUCCAGGAGCUACUGGCUGGUGAACUUGGCUUGGUCUCCACCAAGAUUACUAAAGCUGACAAAGCAGAGCACAUCAAAAGGAAAAGACACACUGUUCCACAAACAGCCAGUAGUGUCAGACCUGCUUCCAUUGGCCUUGGAUUCAUGGUGCAGAGUUUGGGCACAGAUGAUCAUAGGAUCACUAAAAUGGCCCAACAAGUGAAGGACGUGCUUCCUCAUGUCCCACUGAAUGUAAUUGCAAAGGACUUAGCAAAAACCAAUUGUGUGGACACCACUAUAACAAAUCUGCUGGAGAACAAGGAGGAAACUCAAAUGGAAGCAACUGGGACGUCGACGUUUGGACCCUCCAAGAGCAGCUCUUAUUCCUCUGGUUCUGCUCCCACCAUAAAGCCUGCUGCCAAAUCUUUUGGGAAAUCACCAGCUGACAGACAUUUGUCUCUCCAAGAGAGAAAAGAAGCGCUGUAUAAUUUUGCAAGAAGACGUUACAUUGAAAAACAUGGACUGGAUCAAGAAGACACUCACUGAACACACUCUGGGUCAAGUCAUCAUCGAAAACUUGUCAGAGAGAAGCAUAUUCAACUUGCAUAGCUGUCUUAUUUGAAUAGUGAUUUUAUAUCCUGUCAAAAGGUUCUGUUAAAAAACAGAUGUUAAUUGCAAAUAUUGGAGACAAGUAUUCAGAACAUGUAAAAUAUAUGUUGAUGGAAUGGCGAUUAUGCAUGUGUUUCAAUUCUUCAUUCUGGCUGAUGCAUAAUUUUGAUAACAAUUUGUAUUACGAUCCACUGACUGUGAAUCAUUAUUUAUUUUUAUAAUGUCCAGAGUCGUCGACAAAAAUAAAGUUCAGCUUGACCUUAAGAAA